AUGGUCUACUCCACCCUACAGAAAUCCCAGAAGCUCCUGGCAAGCUCCCGGCACGUUCACAAAACUGCUGCCCACGACUUUUUUCACACAAAGGAGCUGUACUCUCCAGUUGCCGUGAGCUCUGUCUAUGGCAAGCCAGGUGUGAAGCUGUCCCCGACACUGGCCGCCUUCACCAACGGAGUCGCGACACACUCCAUGGAUUUUGAUGACACCUGGCACCCUGCUACCCACCCCUCAGGGGCUGUUCUGCCAGCCCUGCUGGCAGCUUCCCAGAUGCUGCCUCCCGGCACCAAACCCACCGGCAUGGAUUUCCUGCUGGCGUUUAACGUGGGCCUGGAAGUGCAAGGAAGGCUCAUGCAUUUCUCCACUGAGGCUCACGACAUUCCAAAAAGGUUCCACCCUCCCUCGGUGGUGGGGACCAUGGGCAGCGCGGCGGCCACGGCCAAGCUGCUGUCCCUCAGCAGGGCCCAGUGCUGCCACGCCCUGGGCAUCGCCGCGUCCCUGGCGGGGGCCCCCAUGGCCAACGCCGCCACCCAGGCCAAGCCACUGCACAUCGGCAAAACUGCCCCCGCCCUGGGCUUCGAGGCGGCUCUGCUGGCAGCCCGGGGCAUGGAGGCCAACCCCUUCAUCCUGGACGACAUCCCCGGCUGCUCCGGGUUCAGCGCCUUCUACGGGGUCUAUCACCCCAAGCCGCUGCCCGUGCCCGGUGACCACCACGAGUUCCUCCUGGAGAAGCAGGAUAUCGCCUUCAAGCGGUUCCCAGCCCACCUGGGGAUGCACUGGGUGGUGGAUGCUGCCCUGUCUGUGAGGAACCUCUUCGUCCACUACGCGGGGUCCUUCUCUCCCGCCCUGAUCCGCACCAUCGUGCUGAAGAUCCCGGUGUCCAAGUACAUCAACCGGCCCUUCCCCAGCUCCGAGCACCAGGCCAGGCACUCCUUCCAGUUCAACGCCUGUGCUGCCCUGUUGGACGGCGAGGUGGGGCUCGGCUCCUUCACCGAGAGCAGCAUCCACCGGCAGGAGCUGAGGGAGCUGCUGGACAAAGUGGUGGUGGAGCACCCCGAGGAUAACGUGGCCAACUUCGACAAGAUGUACGGGGAGGUGGCACUGCUCCUGCACAGCGGGGACGUCCUCACGGGCAAGUGUGACACUUUCUACGGGCACUGGAGGAAGCCCCUGAGCAAGGAGUCGCUCCUGAAGAAGUUUCGAUCCAACGCCUCCCACGUGCUCCCAGAUGAGAAAAUAGAAGCCAUCAUCACCACGGUGGACAACCUGGAGAACCUGUCAGACAGCUCCCAGCUGGCCUGCAGCCUGUGA